CUACCGUAUUUUAGUCCAGUUUGCAAGUCAAGGCCUCUAAUUUCGGACUGCAGUAUGAUGCUCUUUCGAUUGGUAUCCUUAGGUGUGUUUUUUUUCUUAGCGUCACCUCUCCAGUGUUAUCAGGAAGGCAAAAAUAAAGAAUCCGGUGGUCGGCUAAAACGAUCGGUUAUUCUUCUUCCGGCAAACACGAGCAUUACGGUCACUUUAGAUCUUUCAAUGCCUGUCCCUGCGCUUGUCUCCCAGUCAGGGUUUUAUAACAUGAGAGUACCUUUUCGGUUCUUCAUACCAACCUACGAUCAGUUAACAUCCUUUUACACCGAAAGUCGCGAGGAUGACGGCAAUCAAAUUGAACAGAUUCAUCGCCAGGAGCAAGAGCGCGCUAACGAUGAACGUCGGUUUAUCUACAGGAGUAUGGAAUCCCUUCUAUCAAGUUUUGGAAUCGAUGGCAUGGCUUGCGUUCAACGGGCUAUCUGUGAGCUGUCUGAAGCACCCAUAGGUCAUAACGAUCUUUUGGGAAACACGUUGAGUCUCUUGCUAACUCCUCCUAGGGUAGCUAAUUUCGGCAAAUGGAUUUUGGGAAACCGCGACGCCACAGCGAACCAUAAGACGGAUCAAGAAGAAUGCAUUGCGUGCGAAGUAGUUGAUGAGUCCUACGAAGAUGAAUAUGUUAAGGCAUAUCAUCAUGGGAAACAAGGAGAUUGCUUACACCGCUACGGAUCGGCAUGCCCAAUAUCUUUCUUCAGCAUUUUUAACAUCUAAAUUAAAUUACCCUGUCCUUCAAUAUCACAGAUUCAACAUCGCACGUUAAUGUAUUAGCAUUUAUCUACCUUCCCAAACUUUCCAGCGCUUUUUUUAUUUUUACAGUUACAAAAUGUUUAAUAAACAUCGAUCUUUCAAUUU